CCUCCGCGCAUCCCUGCAUCCCUCCGCGCAUCCCUGCAUCCCUCCGCAGAUCCCUCUGUCCCUCCGCGCAUCCCUCCAUCCUCCCGCGCACCCCUCCGCCCGCCCCAGCACCGGCAGGCCGCUCCUGCGCGGGUAUGGCGGGGCGGCCGCGCUUCCUCUGCGGCGUGGUGGAAGGUUUCUAUGGGAGACCAUGGUCUAUGGAACAGAGGAAACUUCUCUUUCAAUGGCUGAAACGCUGGGGGCUGAACUGCUACAUGUAUGCACCCAAGGACGAGCUGAAGCACCGGCUGCUCUGGCGAGAGCCCUACACAGAGCAUGAGGCAGCCUGCAUGCGGUCUCUCAUCGAAGCUGCCCAAGAGCAGGGUGUGGAGUUUGUUUUCGCCAUUUCUGCUGGUCAGGACAUGGUGUUUUCAAGUGCCGGGGAUCGGCUCCUGCUGCAGGAAAAACUCAGGCAGGUGGCUGCCAUGGGGUGCCACUCCUUCGCGCUGCUCUUUGACGACAUCGACCCCUGCAUGUGCCAAGCUGACAGAGACGUCUUCCCCUCCCUGGCGCAGGCUCAGGCCUCUGUGGCCAACGAGGUGUACCAGGAGCUGGGCCAACCCUCCGUCUUCCUCUUCUGCCCUACAGAGUACUGCAGCUCUCUGUGCUCUCCCAGCCCCAGCCAGUCCUGCUACUUGCUGACCAUAGGCCAGGAGCUGCUCCCAGGGAUUGGUGUCAUCUGGACAGGCCCAAAGGUGGUGUCACAGGAGCUCUCAGCCACGCAGCUGGAGGAGGUGGAGGGUGUCCUGCGGCGCCGCCCCGUCAUCUGGGACAACCUGUACGCCAACGACUAUGACUGCAGACGUGUCUUCCUGGGCCCCUACAUGGGACGUGCCCCUGGCCUCAUGUCCAGGCUCCGUGGACUGCUCCUCAACCCCAACUGUGAACUCCAGGCCAACUUCAUCCCCAUACACACAUUGGGCAGCUGGUUUCGGAGCGAGCUGAGGAGCUGCGCCCACGCUGAUCAUGCAGGGAUGGAGACUGCGACAGCCCUGGAGGACAGCCAAGGCUCAGAGGAGGGGAGCUACAGCCCCCAGGACGCCUUGGAGCUGGCGCUGCAUGACUGGGUUGCUGAGAUAAACCGGCAGGCCUUGGAGCCAGGAGGAAGGACCCCAAGACACGCCAGCGUCAGCCUCAAGGGAGGAAUGAGGCUGCAGCCUGGCACAGCGAGAGGACACGAGGUCAUGCCCGAACCCCAGCCCCAUGACUCUGUUCCCAGUGGGGCAGACCAGCAUGGCCCUGAGCCCUGUGGUGUGGCACCAGGGGAGGAAAGGAAGAAGGUGAUCUCGGAGCCUGAGAAGGGCAGUGGGAGCAGGACCCUCGCUAGCAGUCGGCAAAGCCCCACGGGGAAUGGGGACCAGCUCACCAUGGGGAGCAGAGAGACCUGUGAGCCCUCCUCUGCUCUGCCCAGCAUGGCUGGGAGUGCCCAGUCUGCAGGAACCCCGGUGGCCACCGAGACCCUCCACAGUCCAGGCCCAUCCAUGUGCUGCAGCAAUGGGGCCAACACCAGCCAGAACAUUCCCCUACCCACCAGUGAUGCCAGGACAGGGGGUGGCAGCUCCCUCCAGCCCCCCAGCAGUACCCAGCCUGAGGACAGCAGGGCUGACAUGCCCCAGACACCUCCAGGGCCUGGAGCUGGUACCAGCGCUGGCCUCCUGGCACUGCUCACUGGUGGGGCUGGCGCCAGCCCUGGCUCCCCAGCACCACUCACUGAUGGGGCUGGCGCCAGCCCUGGCUCCCCAGCACCACUCACUGAUGGGGCUGGCACCAGCCCCGGCUCCCCAGCACCGCUCACUGGUGGGGCUGGUACCAGCCCCGGCUCCCCAGCACCGAUCACUGGUGGGGCUGGCGCCAGCCCCGGCUCCCCAGCACCGCUCACUGAUGGGGCUGGCGCCAGCCCCGGCUCCCCAGCACCACUCACUGGUGGGGCUGGCGCCAGCCCUGGCCUCCCAGCACCGCUCACUGAUGGGGCUGGCGCCAGCCCCGGCUCCCCAGCACCGCUCACUGGUGGGGCUGGCGCCAGCCCUGGCCUCCCAGCACCGCUCACUGGUGGGGCUGGCGCCAGCCCUGGCCUCCCAGCACCAGUCACUGAUGAGGUUGGUGCUAGCCCUGGCCCCAUGGCACCAUUGACCCCAGAGGAGGCUGGAUCCAGCCCCAUGGCCCUGCUGACCCUGGAGGAGGCUGGGUCUGGCCCCACGGUACCACUGACCCCCAAGGAGGCCAGGACCAGCCCCACAGCACCAGUGACCCCAGAGGAGGCCAAGUCUAGACCCAUGGCAGCGCUGACUCCAGAGGAGGCCAGGUCCAUCCCCACGGCACCGCUGACCUCAGAGGACGCUGGGUCUGUCCCUACGGCACUGCUGACCCUUGAGGAGGCCAGGUCCAACCCCACAGCACCACUGACCCCAGAAGAGGCCAGGUCCAGCCCCAUGGCACCGCUGACUCUGGGGGAGGUGCGGAUGCUGGUGGAGCUCUUCUACCUGCCCUAUCACCAUGGGCCACUGGCGCAGCAUCUCCUGGAGCACUUUCGGUGGCUCCGGGCAAACAGCCUCAGCGUGGGGGUCCCGGCCACGGCAACUAAUGCCUGCGGGGGCACACUGUGGCGCGGCCGAGCCCAGUCCUUCCAGCUGCUCUGCAGUCAGACGUGCCGCCUGCACAGCCGCUUUGUCAGCAGCACCGGGCAGGCGCUGCUCUACGACCUCCACCCCUACCUCUGGGACAUCCGCAACAUGCUGCUGGCCGCCAGUGCCUUUGUCCUCUGGCUGGAUGGCCAUCUCCUCUGCGACCCUGACCCCAAGGGGACCUGGGGAAGCUGCUUUGGCUGGUGCCAGAGCAUCACUGCCCCGAUCUUGCUGGGGGGGGACGCUGAGCCCUGGGCACGUCGUGGGGGCCUCUUUGGAGAGCUGCAGGCACUGCUACCCGUGGGGAACAGCUGUGACCUCUUCUACCACCCACCUCCGCUCUUCCCAUCCAGCCAGCUGUACCUCCUGCGCCCGCUGCUGCCCCUGGACAAGGGAGAGCUUUACCGAAUGUGCCGGGAGAGUUUGGACUGUGACCCCAAAGUCGCAGAGAUCCUUGCGGCCCACCCCGAUCUCCUCGGUGACAGGCUGCUGGGCAGCUUCCUGAGCCUGAGCCCCGAGUACACAUUUGUGCUGGAGGAUGAGGGUGGUCUGUGCGGCUACGCAGCUGGAGCACUCUGCGCUGAAGGCUUCCUGCAACAGCGAGACAGCAGCUGGCUGCCGGCCGUACGGCACAAGUACCCCCGAGACCUGGGUGGAGGUGCCCCAGCUCUGGGACAGGAUGCCCUGGAUGAAGCACUGCUCUUCUUCCACGCAGAGCCACCAGCUGUGCCCCUGCCUGUGCUGCGGCGCUUCCCCUCCCUGGUGCAGCUGGGCACGGCCCCCCGCGUGCUGGACGUGGGGGCCAGCCGCAGCCUGGCCAUCUGCCUGCUGAGCACACUCAGGGCCAACGGGUCACGGGGAGUGUUUUGCCAGGUCGGUGCCACUGACCAGCAGCAGCUGAGCUUCUACAGCAAGCUGGGCUUCGUUGACCUGCCAGUGGCCUGGGGCAGCUCUCCUGGCGCUCGGCUCCUGGGACGUCUCCUCUGAGCACACUGCGUUAGGUGUGGGCACAGGGAGGCAGUGCCAUAGGACAGGCUGAGCCCCCAUCCUGCGCAGCACCGGCCCGAGGGAGCAGGAGCAGAGGGGGACCUUGAGGAGGAGCCAGCAACAUCCCCAGGCUGCCUGCAGACCACCAGGCCUGGCGAGAGCUACAUGGGCAGUAUUUAGGGUGGUGGUCUCAGAGCAUGGCACAAUGCAUUAGCGCUGAGGGAAUGUCCCUGUCCUGCAGGCUGGGCUGUCCAGCUCUCUCCGUCCCCUGUGUGGCCCUAGGCUGGGCAGCUGGUGCCGGGGCUGGCUCUUGGCGCCAACGAACUGCUUGUCGGUAUGGACCGAUCUGGUAUGGGACGCAGUGAGGCAGCCUCCAUCUCUGCUGCCCAGGGGCUGAGGGAAUUGCUGCCCUUGGCAAUAAAGCAUUUGCUGGGCUCUCA